AUGGCUCAUAUGUGUGUGAAAACUCGGCGACUGGAUGUGGCCCUGGUAUGCCUGGGCAAUAUGGGCCACGCUCGUGGUGCACGAGCUCUGAGAAAGUCAAUGCAGAGUGGCGAUCCUCCAGAAGUUCAAGUUGCUACUCUGGCAAUUCAGCUGGGCCUUUUAGAUGAAGCACAAUUGCUGUUUACGAAAUGCGGGCGGUUCGACCUCGUCAAUCGCUUAUUACAAACACGCAACCGAUGGGAUGAGGCUUUCAAAGUUGCUGAAAAACACGAUCGAAUACAUCUGCGAAACACAUACUAUAACUACGCCAAUUAUUUGGAAUCUCUGGGCUCCGUUGAAAGUGCCGUCGAGAAGUCAGAUAUUCAUUAUUUUCACUUAUAUCACCUUACUGGGGUGUUUAUUGGGGAUGGACUUCCAAAAUUUUUAGCUUCUUGA